UCUUCUUCUUCUUCUUCUUCUUCUUCUUCUUCUUCUUCUUCUUCUUCUUCUUCUUCUUCUUCUUCUUCUUCUUCUUCUUCUUCUUCUUCUUCUUCUUCUUCCUCCUCUUCCUCUUCUUCUUCCUCUUCCUUUUCCUCCUCCUCCAAUGUGGGAAUAUAUUUUUAUAUGUUUGUAAAAGUCUUUUUUUUCCCCUCAGAGAUGGAGGUACUGCAUUUAAAAUGAUUCAGUUUAAUUUCAAAAACAAAACAAAGGGAUGGGAGCAGAUAGUCUCCAAGGUCCUUUCCCACCCUAAAUCUUCUCAGUGGCACCAGCCUAGUAGCAAUGAGUAGCCCGGGGUAGGGUGAGUUUGUUCGGAAGAUAGUUCAAGUUCAGCCUUGGACAAUUCUUGACUGUGAAAUCUGGGGAAGUCAGAACCUCUGCCUCGGGGUCCUGAACUGUAAAAUGGGAAAAAUAAUAGUUUUUACUUCCCAGGAUGGUUGUGAGGUUCAAAUGAGAUAGGGGAAAUGGCCAGGGCCGUCAUCAUUAGUGGUGAGAUUUGAACCCAUGUUCUCUGACCGCAGAAGAAACGGGCUUUGCUAGCUACCACAGGGCUGCCCUUCUCUUGGGGAAGACACCAGCUAUGGUAUUUAUCCAAAGUAAUUCCAAAGAGAAUGAGGUGCCCGUGAUUAGGGAAGGCUUCCUGUAGGAGGUGGCCUUUGAUCUCCGCUUGGAAAGGGGUACAAGAGAGGGACUGAGUGCCUUCUGGACAUGCAGAGUGUUGAAGGAACAGCAAGAGGCCUUUCAGAGCCGUGUAGGAAGCCUGUAUUCUGCUAAACUUUGUAUUGUGGUUUUAAUAAAAGGACCUGUUGGACAGUCUGGUAAAAUCGGAUCCGAAUUUUAAGUGCAUAAAAUAAAUAUAGUGUGUGUAAAGAAAGCCAAUUCUAUCAAAAGGGCUACUAAGGACUUUUUCAAAACAAGACCACAGACCCGGGCCUGGCCCGCCUGCCCUAGAGAAUGGCUUGGUUUGUGUCUGUGGCCCCAGUUGGGCAGCCAGCAGGUCCCCGGAACUGCCUGGAUUCCGCAGUCGGAGGUCUUGAGAUCGAAUCCCACCCCUGAGCCUGGUGGCUGAGCCAUUUGGAACUCCUCCCCCAAAGGGAGUUCGUCAGCGUUUUCCCCCCAGGAAGCGCCCCUCCUCUCCCUCGGACCAGAGGCUGAGCUCGGUAGAGCCGCGGGGCAGCAGGGAGGGAGAGGUCUGGGUGCCCCCAAACCUGGAGAGAAGGGAGCGCCUCCCCCCCCCCGACCCCCGGCAGUGCAGUGCUGGAGAGCGCGGGGAGAGCAGCGGCAGGCCAGGCGGACCAGGAGGACCGGCAUUCCUACCUGGGCAAGUCCCUUAGGCUGCCCUCGCCGGCCUGGAGCCCGUCCAGAGCCUCGUUUCAAAGUCAGAAGGGAAGGGCUGAAAGAGGGACCCUGGCAAGCCCCUGCCCGGUCCAGAGAGACUGAGGGAGCCCGUCAGCCCGGACGGCCUUGGAAGAAGCGGCAUCUGAUGCGCGGGAGCCCCAGGGACGGGAACAGGCGCCGGGUCAGGGUCUCCAGACCCCUCGAGGGAGGCUCCGCUUCUGGCUAAAGGCGAGUCUCUUCGGAGAGGGAGCCGGACGGGAAGGAAGGCCCGAGAGAUGGCCCGAGGCUCAGCACUAAGACUUCUGGGACACCCGGGGUCCUCCACCCGAGCUUUGCCUCACGAAGAAGCCUUGUUAGCCCCGGGUCAGAGGAGGAAGAUGAGGCUCACCGAGCCGGGAAAUGUCUGAGGCAAGACGUGAGCCCGAGUCUGCGGUGUCUGCUGGGCCCGAUGAAGACCCUGCAGGGAUUUUUAACAAAAUAAGAUUUCGUUUACGUUGGCCAACCAUUGGCUGUGGGAAGAAAGGUCUGAGGAGAUGUUUCGUUGUCAGCCUCUGUCUGUGUCUCCCUCCCUCCCUCUCUCUGUCGCUCCCCCUCUCUUUGCCUCUCCCACCCACAUUCAAUAAAUCGCCAGUUCUUUUGUUUUUUUUUUCAUUUCCUGCCUCCACACCUUUGCCCGUCCCUCAUCAGUUUGGAGGACGGACAGUUUGUCCUUCCUGCUGCGUUUCCUGGAGCCGCCCGAGGCGACAGGUUCGGGGGUGAGGACGGAGUCAAGGCUCUCGGUGGCUGCUUGUGGGUCAGCCAGUCCUCCGAGGAGUCCAUUCCCAGGGCUCCCGACGGCCAGAUGUGGCUGGGAGAAGGGCCAAGCGGGCCGGCCUUUAGGGAGUUUGAGGCCUCGGCUUAAACCCUGGGUCCCCCCUCUCCGGGCCUCCGGCUCCCUCCUGAAGACCCGGCGCCGCGUCCUCGGCUGGCCUCUAGCUCCGCCCGAAAGCCUUUUUCCUGGCAUCGUUCCCGCAGGGGUUUAUCGGGGCUUUUCCCAACGUGCCUCGGAGGAGAGCUCCGGGGAGUCCAGCCCCCCUCCCCCCUCUGGCUCGGAGGGCUGUGGCUCCCUCUCCCCUAGCCGGGUGCUCCCUCCUCUAACUCCCACCAAGGGUUUGGCCAAGGGAGAAACGAGUCUGCAUAGCAAUUAGAUUUAGUGGCCAAAAACCCUCUUAAGAAUGGUCCAUCGGCAGAAGGAGCCCCAGCCCUGAGCGCUCACACACUCACACUCACGCUCACACACUCACGCUCACGCUCACACUCACGCACACUCACACUUCCCCCCUCUCCCAGGACCUGCCGCGCCUUCCUUCAGACAAUAGAAAGAGUGACGAGGGAAGGAGAGAGGGCGGGCGGGAGAUCAAGGCAAAGUUUAAUCAUUGAGCCCUUCGGGCAGGCAGCCGCAGGUCGCCGCUCCAUCGCCGCUCGAGCUGCGCUCCCUCCUCGGGCUGCCACCAUGUUCGCCGUCCACUUGCUGGCUUUCUAUUUCACAAAGCUGAAAGAAGAUCAGAUUAAGAAGGUGGACAGGUUUCUGUAUCAUCUGCGGCUCUCCGAUGACACCCUCCUGGACAUCAUGACCCGCUUCCGCGCCGAGAUGGAGAAGGGCCUCGGGAAGGACACCAACCCCACUGCCUGUGUGAAGAUGCUGCCUACUUUUGUCAGGGCCAUCCCAGAUGGCUCAGAGAAGGGAGAGUUCCUCGCUCUGGACCUCGGCGGCUCCAAGUUCCGUGUGCUGACGGUUAGAGUUUCCGAAGAGGGCAAGCCGAAUGUUCACAUGGAGAGUCAGAUCUACCCGACCCCCAAGGAGAUCAUCCACGGGAGCGGUUCUGAGCUCUUUGACUACGUGGCCGACUGUGCGGCUGAUUUCGUGAAGACCCGAGACCUGGCCCACAAGAAGCUGCCUCUGGGCCUGACGUUCUCCUUUCCGUGUCAGCAGAGCAAGUUGGAGGAGGGGAUCCUGCUUUCGUGGACGAAGAAGUUUAAGGUUCGGGGCGUGCAGGAUACGGACGUGGUGAGCAGCCUGACCAGAGCUCUGAGGAGGCACCAGGACGUGGACGUGGAUGUGCUGGCUCUGGUCAAUGACACGGUGGCCACCAUGAUGACGUGCGCCUACGACGACCCGCGCUGCGAAGUGGGAGUCAUCAUCGGCACCGGCACCAACGCCUGCUACAUGGAGGACAUGAGCAACAUCGACCUGGUGGAGGGGGACGAGGGCCGCAUGGCCAUCAACACCGAGUGGGGGGCCUUCGGGGAAGACGGCGCCUUGGAGGACAUCCGCACCGAGUUUGACAGGGAGCUUGAUUUGGGGUCCAUCAAUCCAGGGAAACAGCUGUUCGAGAAGAUGAUCAGCGGCCUGUACAUCGGGGAGCUGGUCAGGCUCAUCCUUCUGAAGAUGACCAAGGCUGGCCUCCUGUUCCAGGGCGAGAAAUCCUCGGCCCUCCACACCAAGGGCAAGAUCGAGACGAGACACGUGGCCUUGAUGGAGAAGUACAAGGAGGGGCUCCAGAACACCAGGGAGAUCCUCAGGGAGCUGGGCCUGGAGCCUUCGGAAGAAGACUGCGUGGCGGUCCAGCACGUCUGCACCAUCGUCUCCUUCCGAUCGGCCAAUCUCUGCGCCGCAGCCCUGGCCGCCAUCUUGAACCGCCUGCGGGAGAACAGGAGGCUGACCCGGCUCAGGACCACCGUGGGAAUGGACGGCACGCUCUACAAAACCCACCCUCAGUACCCAAAGCGUUUACACAAAGUGGUCAGGAAGCUGGUCCCCAACUGUGAUGUCCGGUUCCUCCUCUCUGAGAGCGGCAGUGCCAAGGGGGCAGCCAUGGUGACCGCUGUGGCUGCUCGGGUACAGGCCCAGAGGAAGGUGAUUGACGAAGUGCUGGCCCUGUUCCAGCUGACCCGAGAGCACCUGGUAAGCGUGAAGAACAAGAUGAGGUCUGAGAUGGAGUACGGGCUGAAGAAGGAGACCCAGCCGUUGGCCACGGUGAAGAUGCUGCCCACCUACGUCUGUGCCAUGCCAGAUGGGACAGAGAAGGGCAAGUACCUCGCCUUGGAUCUGGGAGGCACCAAUUUCCGGGUCCUCCUGGUGAAGAUCAGAAGCGGACGGAGAUCAGUGAGAAUGUACAAUAAGAUCUUCGCCAUCCCGCUGGAGAUCAUGCAGGGCACGGGGGAAGAGCUGUUCGACCACAUCGUGCAGUGCAUCGCCGACUUCCUGGAUUACAUGGGCAUCAAGGGAGCCAGCAAGCUUCCCCUGGGCUUCACGUUCUCGUUUCCCUGCAAGCAGAACUGCCUUGAUAAGGGGAUCCUUGUGGAAUGGACCAAGGGGUUCAAAGCCACAGACUGUGAGGGGGAAGAUGUCGUGGACAUGCUCAGGGAAGCCAUUAAGAGGAGAAAUGAAUUUGAACUGGAUGUUGUGGCGGUGCUCAAUGACACUGUGGGAACCAUGAUGACGUGUGCUUAUGAAGACCCGGCCUGUGAGAUCGGCCUCAUUGCAGGAACGGGCAGCAACGUGUGCUACAUGGAGGAGAUGCGGAACAUCGAGCUGGUGGAAGGCGACGAGGGGAUCAUGUGCAUCAACACCGAGUGGGGAGGAUUCGGGGACAACGGCUGCCUGGACGAGAUCAGGACCCAGUACGACGUCGAAGUGGACGAGGGCUCCUUGAACCCCGGCAAACAGAGGUAUGAGAAGAUGACCAGCGGCAUGUACCUUGGGGAGAUCGUGAGGCAGAUUCUGAUCGACCUGACCAAGCACGGCCUCUUGUUCCGAGGGCAGAUUUCGGAGCGGCUGCGGACCAGAGGCAUAUUUGAGACCAAGUUCCUGUCUCAGAUCGAAAGUGACCGCCUGGCCCUCCUCCAGGUCCGGAGGAUCCUGCAGCAGCUGGGCCUGGACAGCACCUGCGAAGACAGCAUCGUGGUGAAGGAGGUGUGCGGGGCCGUGUCCCGGCGGGCGGCCCAGCUCUGCGGCGCCGGCCUGGCCGCCAUCGUGGAGAAGCGAAGGGAGGACCGCGGCCUGGAGCGCCUCGCCAUCACGGUCGGCGUGGAUGGGACCCUCUACAAGCUGCACCCUCACUUUUCUCGGAUCUUGCGGGAGACGGUGCACGCGCUGGCUCCACGGUGCGACGUCACAUUCAUGUUGUCCGAAGACGGCAGCGGAAAGGGGGCCGCCCUGAUCACGGCCGUGGCCAAGAGGUUGCACCUGAAGAAGGACCACUGAGGGCCGGGGGAGGACAGCCGCUCGGCCCGGGGCCUGGGCUGCUGGCUUUGGUCUUGGCACAGAGAGAUCUAUGGGCUGGCACACAUCAGAGACUGUCGGCACUCUGUGGGACACCUGGGGGGGAGCAGAUCCUUCCUGGGGCCCCAGACCCGGCCGGUCCUUCCACAAUGAGCACUAACUGAAGAAUGGCAUGAUUGGCCGGGGUGUUUCCUUCAGAGGAGCUUGUCCCAUUCCAGGAAGGGCAAGGGCUCAUCCAAGCUGCAUUGGGGCGUUUCAUCCCCCCAGAACAAGCCUUUGCCCCAGGCCGGCUCCCAGUCCCAAGGCAGCUUCCUUCCCUGCAGAGAUGUGAGCUUAAUACUUGGGUGACUUGAAAUUGGUGCCCCACUUCCCCAUGGGGACGUGGCAGGCUCCUCCCUUGCCCCGGGGUCCCGGGUUCCAACAGUAAACCGUAUCCCCUCCUCAUUAAGAGAAACACAUAUUUUAGAAAUCUUUUAUUUUUCGUUGCUGUGACCAUGACAAAACCCAGCCAAUGGGAACAUUUCUGCAUAGGAAGAACAGACGGGAUUAUCCCGUUGUGCGCGGCUCAGUUUUAAAAAGCAAAUAAUAAAUGUAACAUGUUGGUUUCAAA